GGAGAAAGACAAAAGGGUGUCCCCAGAGUUGGACAAAAAAAUCGGUACCAAUGCUAUAGAGGUGGUGACAAAGGUAAAGGUUUAGUUAAGGAAUCUCAAGGAGAAGGGAGAAUGGAAGGGGCUUACCACCCUUAUAGAGAGAGAGGCACUAGGGGUCAAAAGGCGCCUCAGGUUAGUAAUGCAAAGUAUCGGAAUCAGGCUAGGGGUCAUUUAGAAUCUCAGUUUGGUGGAAGUGACCGUGUACUGGAUAACCCUGAGAAGCUCAUGCUUGAUGCUUUCAAAGGGGCCUCCUCAAAGGCGCGCAAAGCCUUACUUUUUGAGGAUCAGGAACCAGAGGCUUUAGUUGAUGUUACUCUUCACGAGAAUGAGUCGUUAGCAUUGGUAAACUCCAGUGGAGGUCACGCUGAGGGGUCAGAAAGAGAAAGAGUUGUGGUUGAGCAGAGGCAGUCAGAUUUAGAUGGGGAAAAUUUGAUGGCUGAAGGGGUGUUAUUAUCUGAUUCGGAGCUUCUAUUGGAGGAUGGCUUGGAAGCUAAGGCUUUGGAAGACACAAUAAAUGGGAUGGAGGAAAUGCAAGAUGGUAAGUUAAAGGUUAAGAAUGUGGAUGUGGGUGCAGGAGGUCCUUCCAAGAAGAGAAGUGCUCCGUAUUUGUCUCUCCACGUAAGAAGUUGUUGGGAAAAGCUGCAGCUAAGGGACUAUACAAGCAUCUAUGAUGAUGGAAUUUGA